AUGUCAUUCUUCAAAAAGGUCCUCAAAUCCAAGAAAAAACCACAGAAAGAACUACCCGAAGGAUACUCAUCUGGCGAAAACUGGCCUGGUGAAAAGCGGCCCGAUAAAAAGAAACCGGAUGAAGAGAAGCACGAGGGAGAGGGACCUAGCGAAAUAGGCCCAACCGCCGCCAAAUAUGCGAUACCAAAGGGCGACAGGGGCCUUAAUUGUGUCUAUCGGCUAGAGGAACCGAGCAAAGCAGUCGUUGAUAUCGUUUUUGUGCAUGGUUUGACUGGAAGUUCUGAGAAUACAUGGACUCACCCCGACUCUAAUCUCCACUGGCCAAGGCAGCUGUUAAAGGAAGAUAUUCCAAAUGCACGUAUCUUCACAUUUGGCUACGAUGCCGAUGUUGCUUCCUUCUGGGGCGGUGCGUCUCAAAAUCGACUUACCAACCAUGCGGAAAACAUGAUCAAGGACUUAGUUGAUGAAAGAUCUGACACAAAGACGGAUGAUCGUGAACUUUUGUUUGUCGCCCACAGCCUCGGCGGCCUAGUCGUCGAGCGAGCUCUCCAGCUAUCCAGCUGCCCUAAAGAGCAACACCUUGGCCAAAUCGAGAAAUGCACCCACGGAAUUGUCUUUCUUGGGACACCGCACUCUGGUUCAGAUUUUGCUCCAUUUGCCAAAGCAUUGGCCCAAACACUUAGGGCAUGUGGUAAACGAGUGAAUACCAAUAUAUUGGAAACCCUAAAAAGAGAUUCAGAAACACUACUGGACGUGGAAGACUGGUUCGCCACUUGGCUACGGACUCGAUCAAAGGCACAAAACCCGGUUAAUAUAACCUGCUUUUUUGAGGAGCUUGAGCUCCCCGUUGUGGGCAAAGUGGUGCCGGAGGGAUCGGCAAGGAUCCCAGGCUAUCCGCUGUAUGGAAUACAUGCAGACCAUAGGAAUAUGACAAAAGUAGUCGGACGGGAAGAUCUCGGGUACAAGAGUAUACGGGGUGUCUUGCGGAUUUGGGUUAAUGGGCUCAGUGAGGAGCAUAGGAAAAAGGAGGAUCAUAUCACCCAAAAUGAGAUUAACAUUCUUAAUCGUUUAUCAAUUGCCUCAGAAGCGGCGUUUGACUCUAUAGCACACGAACAUGAUCCGUUCUGCCUAGAGAACACACGCGAGAGUGUACUGGAAGAAAUAUAUACCUGGGCUAACGGAGACAGCGACCAGUGCAUCUUCUGGCUAUGUGGCAUGGCUGGUACUGGAAAAUCUACCAUUUCUCGCACCACCGCCCGCGAAUUCUCUCAAAUAGGAAACCUUGGAGCAAGCUUCUUUUUCUCAAGGGGUGGCAAAGACGUCAGAAACGCCGAAAAGUUCAUACCGACAAUUGCAAAACAGUUUGCGACCAGGUUUCCAGCUGUGCGAGGCUUUAUUUGUGGUGUAAUCGAGAAGCAACCAGAUAUCUUUGAAAAAACUCGCCGAGAUCAAUGGAAAAACCUCGUCAUAGGACCUCUGUCUAAAUAUACCGGCCCAACAGUGCCUCUUGUUGUUGUCCUCGAUGCACUAGAUGAAUUUGAAGGAGACAAAGAUAUCCAAUUGAUCCUCCAGCUUCUGACCGAGGCUGCUGACCUCAAGACUAUUCGGUUGCGGAUUCUUCUUACUAGCAGGCCGGAAACGCCGAUCCGUCUUGGGUUUCGAAAAAUGAAGGGAGGAUUACACUACGAUUUUGUUCUACAUGAAAUGCCACUGGCGAUUGUUGAUAGCGAUAUGAAGCUCUAUUUUCGGGAUCAAUUUUCAAAAAUUAGAGACGAAUCUGAACGCCUUGAUGAAGACUGGCCUGGAGAUGACGCCAUAGACGAUCUCACUCGAAAGGCUGGUGGUCUUUUCAUUUAUGCGGCGACUGUGUGCGGCUUUAUCAAUACCUAUGUGGGGCGCUGGUCAGCCCAGGUUUUACUUGAAGGGUUUCUUCCAAAUAGGGAGCUAAAAGAUGGGCAAAACGAGACAUAUAAAAUGCCUUCCGGCCCACCAACUUUCGAGCUGGACUCACUUUACCUACGAGUUUUGAAACAUUCGAUGAGAGGAGUAAAUGACGAGGACAAGCUGGAACUUACUGAAGGAUUUAAAAAUAUAAUUGGCUCAAUUGUCAUUCUAUUUGAACCUUUUACACCUACCUCGCUUGAGAAUCUUUUGGCCGUUCCCGAGGGGACUGUGUACCAAAAUUUAUAUGAUCUUCAUUCUGUUUUGAGAGUGCCUGAUAAAGACAGUCAAACAAUUCGUUUGUUACAUGCUUCCUUCCGAGACUUCCUCCUUGACGAUGCCAGAUGUCGCGAUAAGGACUUCUGGAUAGAUGGGAGGAAAAUACACAAGGAACUAGCUCUCAAGUGUAUCUCACUACUGGAGGUCUCGUUCAAGCGAGACAUUUGCAGCAUACGUGCACCAGGAACACUCCUCUCUGAUAUCAGCCAGGGUCAGAUCGACAGAUGUCUUCCCCCAGAAGUUAAAUAUGCGUGUCUCCACUGGAUCCGCCAUCUUGAGGAAGGUGGAGACCUUGUCCCUGAUAACGGGAAUGUUCAUACCUUUUUAAAGAAACACUUUCUUCACUGGCUCGAAUCCCUGGUCCUCCUACAAAAGACUGCCGAUGGGGUACUUGCGAUAUCAGCAUUAGAGGUUUUAGUCGAGCGCCAGAAACAAGAGCACGCCGAGGAAGCAACCACGGGGAAGGUACAGGAGUUUGAAGGCCACUCUAACUUUGUAUUUGGGAUGGACUUCUCUCCUGAUAGUCAUAAGAUUGCAUCGUCGUCUUCUGAUCGAACUGUUCGAAUAUGGGAGGUUGCCACAAGAAAAUCACUACAAAUUCUUAACCACUCGGGAACUAUUUUGAAUGUGGCAUUCUCACCAAAUGGGAGCAAGGUUGCAUCAGCGUGCGACGAUCAUACCGUUCGAAUAUGGGAAGUAGCGACAAAUAAAGAAGAGGAGCACUCUAACUAUUCUUCCUGGGUCAACAGUGUUGUGGCCUUUUCGCCCAAUGGUAGCAAGGUUGCAUCAAGCUCCCAUGAUGCUACGAUCAAUAUAUGGGAGGUCGCUACCGGGGAAUUGCAACAAACCCUCAGUCGCAAUACUCCUAAUGCUCUGGUUUUCUCGCCUGAUAAUAGUACAAUAAUGUCAGCUUCCAACAGCUGCAAAGUUUCGGUAUGGGAUGUGGCCACUGGAAAUCUGCAAAAGAUUUUUAAAACCCAUUAUGCCAGUGUUAGGAGCUUAGCCUUCUCACCAGAUGGAAAUAAGAUUAUAUCAGGAUCUGAUGACCGUGCAGUUCAUAUAUUGGAAAUGGCUACAGAAAAGGUUCGGAGGCUGGAAGGCCAUUCUAGAAGUAUUUGCAGCGUGGCCUUUUCGCCAGACGGUAGCAGAGUGGCAUCAGGAUCCGAGGAUUGCACGGUUCGUAUAUGGGACGAGGCUACAGGGGAGCUACAGGUCUCGAUAGCUACUGGGAAGCUAGCGGAAAAUAUCAUGGGCUUCUCUGCGCUUGUUUCUAGCAUAGCCUUCUUAUCCAAAAACACGAGGGUUAUGCUAGGAUUUGAUGAUCAUACAGUCCAGAUACGAGAUACCGAUGCAGGGGGUUUGCUGCAGGCGUUUGACGGCUACUCGCCACUGAUCUCGAGCAUACCAUUCUUACCCACAAGUGGCCGGGUUAUGUUGGGGUUUGACCCUCACACAGCGAAUGUAUGGGAUGUGGCCACAGAGACUAUUAACUCUGCCUCAGUUCGAGAUGUGGUUGGCCAGCCGACCUACUCCAUGGAUAAAUCGAGUCAAUGGAUAACCAUGGACAACUUGAAGAUCCUAUAUAUUCCAGUUGACUUUAGGCCAGGUGCAGCCGCUAUCCGGAAUAGGUCACUCGCCCUGGGCACCGGUGCGGGCCGAACGACAAUUCUCACAUUUCUACCCGUCAUUGACCCUAUUAUACUCUAG